GAAAUAAAAGUCGGUCUGUAUACCGGCGCGCAAAUUGGCUCAAAUCACAAAGAACCGAAACGGAAGAUGUGAUAACGCUGAGGAUAUCUGCGCGUCUAAUGAAUGUUUUGUUUCCUCGGCCACUUACGACGCAAGCGUUGAUUAUAAUUUCGUCUUAGAACGAGAAGGCUCUCAGCCGCGUGAGUAAAAAUCCAAACCACGCCGAACCAUGGCAAACGUGUCUCUCGACAAGGAUAUGUUUUUUCGGCGCAUAACGCGCCUGUAUGCUGCGUGGAAGGAUGGGGAAGUCGGCACCGAUGACAGUUUUAGUAAAAUGGAUUGUCUUGUUUCUGCCGUUGGAACUGAUGAAGAUAUCGUUUACAGCAAGUCCAUAGCAUUGCAGACAUGGCUGCUCAGUUAUGAACUCACGGAUACUAUAAUGAUAUUGACGGAAGAGUCUAUCAAUUUCUUGGCCAGUAAAAAGAAGAUUGAAUUUCUAAGAAAGGUGGAAAACCAGAAUACCGAUGAUACAGGAGUACCACCUGUGAAAUUAUUUGUCAGAGACAGAAGUGAUGAAGACAAGGCAAAUUUUGCAAAACUCAUUGAAGUGAUAAAGCAAAGUAAAAAAGGCAAAACUUUGGGAGUGUUUUCUAAAGAAAAUUAUCCAGGUGCUUUUAUGGAUGCCUGGAGAGCUACUUUAAAGAAUGAAUCAUUUGAUACGGUUGACAUAAGUGCUGCAGCUGCUUAUGUUAUGUGUCCAAAAGAAGAUAGUGAGAUAAUCACUAUAAAGAAAGCUUGUCUGAUAUCAGUAGAUGUUUUCACCAAGUAUCUUAAAGAUCAAAUAAUGGAAAUCAUAGAUUCGGACAAGAAAGUUAAACACUCAAAGCUAGCAGAAAGUGUAGAUACAGCUAUCACAAAUAAAAAGUAUGUAACUGGAGUAGAUAUUACACAGGUAGAUAUGUGUUACCCAGCAAUUAUACAAAGUGGUGGAAAUUAUUCUCUUAAAUUUAGCGCUGUUAGCGAUAAAAACACCACUCUCCACUUUGGUGUUAUUGUUUGCUCAUUAGGAGCACGUUACAAAAGUUAUUGUUCAAACAUAGUAAGAACUCUGUUAGUCAAUCCCACAAAAAUAAUUGAGGAAAAUUAUAAUUUUUUAUUACAACUGGAAGAAGAAAUUCUGAAAAAAUUAGUUGCAGGAACAAAAAUAAGUGAAGUGUAUGAGGCUGGUAUUAAAUUUGUAAAAGAUGAAAAACCAGAAAUGUUAAAUCAUUUAACCAAAAAUUUUGGAUUUGCUAUGGGUAUUGAGUUUAAAGAAAGUUCUUUGCUAUUGGGUCCAAAAAUUCAUGCAAUAGCUAAGAAGGGCAUGGUAUUUAAUGUUAACGUUGGUCUUUCAAACCUUAAUAAUCCAGAUGCAAUGGACAAAGAAGGUAAAACUUACGCCCUUUUCAUAGGCGAUACAGUUAUAGUAAAUGAAGGACAACCCGCUUCUAAUUUAACACCAUCAAAGAAGAAGGUAAAAAAUAUAGGUAUAUAUGUGAAAGAUGACGAAGAUGAAGAAGAAGAGGGAAGUGGAAAAGAAAAUGAACCAAAGCCAGAAAUUCUAGGACGUGGAAAAAGAACUGCUGUAAUAGAAUCUAAAUUGAGAACAGAGCACAGUUCGGAAGAGAAGAGAAAGCAGCAUCAAAAAGAAUUAGCUCAACAAUUGAAUGAAGUUGCUAAAGCUCGAUUGGCCCAACAGUCUGGUGGUAAGGAACAAGAAAAGAUACGUAAAUCAACAGUAUCUUAUAAAAGCUUGAGUCAUAUGCCACGUGAGCCAGAAGUCAGAGAGUUGAAGUUGUUUGUGGAUAAAAAGUACGAAACUGUGAUUUUACCUGUUGCUGGUAUUCCAGUACCAUUCCACAUAUCAACAAUUAAAAACAUCUCACAGUCAGUAGAAGGAGAUUAUACGUAUCUUAGAAUAAACUUCUUUCACCCUGGUGCAACUAUGGGACGAAAUGAAGGUGGAUCUUACCCUCAGCCUGAUGCAACGUUUGUUAAGGAAGUAACAUAUCGAAGCACAAAUACCAAAGAGCCUGGCGAGAUCUCUGCACCAUCAUCAAAUUUAAAUACAGCCUUUAGAUUGAUUAAGGAAGUGCAAAAGAAGUUCAAAAAUCGAGAAGCAGAAGAAAGAGAAAAGGAGGAUCUUGUAAAACAAGAUACUUUAAUAUUAUCACAAAAUAAGGGCAAUCCAAAAUUAAAAGAUUUAUAUAUUCGACCAAAUAUUGUUACAAAAAGAAUGACUGGUGGUUUAGAAGCGCACACAAAUGGAUUCCGCUAUACUUCCGUACGCGGUGAUAAAGUAGAUAUUCUUUAUAAUAACAUUAAAAACGCUUUCUUCCAACCGUGCGAUGGUGAAAUGAUUAUAUUACUUCAUUUUCAUUUAAAACAUGCUAUUAUGUUUGGCAAGAAGAAACAUGUAGAUGUGCAGUUUUAUACUGAAGUUGGAGAAAUUACUACCGAUUUAGGUAAACAUCAGCAUAUGCACGAUCGUGAUGAUCUUGCAGCUGAACAAUCGGAACGAGAACUGAGACAUAAAUUAAAAACUGCUUUUAAAAGCUUCUGUGAAAAGGUUGAAGGAAUGACAAAGCAAGAGAUAGAAUUUGAUACACCAUUUCGGGACUUGGGAUUUCCUGGUGCACCAUUCAGGAGUACUGUCUUACUUCAACCAACUAGUGGAUGUUUGGUUAAUCUCACAGAAUGGCCUCCAUUUGUCAUUACCUUGGAAGAUGUUGAAUUGGUUCACUUUGAAAGAGUACAAUUUCAUCUAAAGAACUUCGAUAUGAUCUUUGUUUUCAAAGAUUAUCAUCGAAAGGUAGCGAUGGUAAAUGCCGUUCCUAUGAAUAUGUUAGAUCAUGUCAAAGAAUGGUUAAAUUCGUGCGACAUUCGAUAUUCAGAAGGUGUCCAGUCUUUGAAUUGGACAAAAAUUAUGAAAACUAUAACAGAUGAUCCUGAAGGAUUCUUUGAAAGCGGAGGAUGGACAUUCCUGGAUCCAGAAAGUGAUGCUGAAAAUGAAGAAGUCGAUGAUGAAGAAGAGGAAGAAGAUGAUGCGUAUGAGCCAUCUGAUAUGGAAAGUGAGGAAGAAUCUGAUGAUGAUUCUGAAUAUUCUGAAGCUUCUGAAGAUUCUGAUAGUGAAGAAGAAGAAUUAGGUAGCUCUGAAGAAUCAGGGAAAGAUUGGUCAGAUUUGGAAAGAGAAGCGGCCGAGGAGGACAAAGAAAGGGGCGAUGAUCGUUAUCGUGACGAUUACAGUUCUAGUAAAAAGAAGAAAGCGAACCGAAGACAAUCUCCACCUUCAAAAGAUAGACAUAAUUCUAAACACAAGAGUUCCACUAAUUCAAAGAGUAAAAGUUCACCUAGUAAAGAUAAACGAUCAGACAAAUAUAGAACGGAUCGAUCACGGAGUGGGGGCUCGCACAAGAAAGGGUCUCCUUCCAAAUCAUCCAAACACAGUCCCAAAAAGAGUGAUAAACACGAUAAGCAUGUUAAAAGUAAGUCAACGCAUUCUUCGUCCAGCAGUAAGAAACGUCCUCGUGAAAGGAGCUCAGAAAGAAGCGACAGAGGAUCUAAGAGAUCUAAGUAA